AUGUCAUCUGAAUUUUUAGAUUAUACAAAAAACAAGCGUAAAGAAAAUUUGGAUUUCUUGAGUCAAUUUAUGAAAAAUCAUUAAAUAAAUGUUGAAACAAUAGUAUCUCCAUAAUAAUCAAUAGUAACAUCUUAAAUGACUGAUCAAGUUAUUAAAAUAGUAAAUUCAAAAUAAACUUUACAAUCAUAAUAAUCACCUACAUCCAUAACACCUCUCUAAUCUCCAAAAUUAGUUGAUACAACACCUAUUAUAUAAGAAAUAGAUAGCAUACUUGAAAAAAUACAAAUGAAAACAUAGAAUCCUCAGAAAUAAACUCCUGAAAAGAAAAGUUCACCUAUCAAAAUAGAAUAACAUAAAGAAUAAGACAUUAUCUAAUAAAUAAAAAUGAAGAUUCCAUAAAAUUAAUCAAAGAAGUAAAAAGAAGAAAUUUAAAUUAAAGAUGUUAAAUUAGAAACAUAAAUAAGUGAAGAAAAUAUAAUAUUGCCAAUAAAAGAACCAUCACCUAAAAAAGAAUAAUCAAUAAAAGAUGAAGUAAAGAGAAUAAGAGAUACAUUUAAACCACCAAAAUCAUAGAAGAUUGAAAAACCUAUUGAAAUUCUAAAUGAAGAACCAAAAUUAGAAUUAAUAACAACUUCAUAAUUUCCUUAAUUCAUAAAUGAAGAUUCAUCAAUGGAAUAUGUCACACCUAUUAAGAAAAUGGAAGUUUAUUCUCAAUUAAGUUAUAGUUAAAGUAAUUCUAUCUUAUAAUCGGAAUUGAAAGAAACUGCAAAUAAACCUGAGAUCAAUUUACUUAAAGAUCCUGUAAUAGAGGAAUUAAUUCAAGAAGAAUUAGUAUUAAUGCAAAGAUUACAUUUUCUAUAAUAGUAAUUGUAGUUUGAACAAAGAUAACAUGAGUUUAUUUGA